AAUUCAACAUGAUGCUGAUUAUUUAAGAGUUGUGUCCAAUUGUGCUCCUGUACAUUUCAAAUUGUGUUCAAACAAGGAACCUCAGCUCCUGCAGUAUAUAUAGCCUCUACUAAUUCAUUCAUUUCCAUAUAGCUUAUUAAGUUUUAGCUUGCUAGCACAAGUGAAAUCAACUUCUUUUGUAUAUCAACACAUAAAAGUUUUUUCUUUUUUUUACCAUAAAUUAUGGGUGCUGUUACUACUGAUGUUGAGGUUGUGUCCGCUGUCCCUGCACAAACAAUAUUCAAGGGCUUUCUCCUUGACAUGGAUAACCUUAUUCCUAAGGUUUUGCCCCAGGCUAUUAAGAGUGUCGAGAAAAUUUCCGGAGAUGGCGGAGCUGGAACCAUCAAGAAAGUCACUCUUGGAGAAGUGAGCCAAUUCACCGUGGUGAAGCAGAGGAUCGACGAAAUCGACACCGAGGCAUUGAAAUACUCCUACAGCAUAAUCGAAGGCGAUCUCCUACUGAACAUAAUUGAGUCCAUCACUAGUAAGUUCACAGUGGUGCCUACUGAUGGAGGAUGCAUCGUGAAGAACACUACGAUUUAUACGCCGAUCGGUGAUGCCGUGAUCCCGGAAGAUAAUGUCAAGGAAGCCACUGAACAAUCAGGAAUGGUGUUCAAGGCAAUUGAAGCUUACCUUCUGGCAAAUCCUGGUCUCUAUUGAUUUGCUAUAUUUUGUAUGCUUGAAUUUCUCAAGUUAUCUUUCAGUUGUAAUAUAUUUAUUUGUGGCCGCUGUGAUGAUUAAAUUGUAAUCAAAUUCGUUAUCUGUGAGUUGUAAUGUUUGAUUUACUACUCUCCUGUAUUGAGAAAAAUAAAUUCAAUCGUAUACUUGGAUACCUCGUUGUUCAA